GCGUAUAAUACAUUUUUGCAAUUGAAGUGCUCUCUCUCUCUCUCUUUCCCUCGCUCUCCCUCUACGAAGGAGAAUCAAAGGAUAGUUAGCAACUACUUUCUGUCAAAUUUCAGCUAUGAUUCUGCACAAAGCAAGGAUUUUACCUGUUCUAUUCUUGGCAAUAGUUAUGCCAUCAGCAACCUCGUUCUCCUUCAACUUCUCUAGCUUCGAUCCAGGCUCACAGUCCAAGAUCAAGUUGGAAGGCAUGGCAGACUUUGCUGACUCUUCAAUAAUGCUCACCAGCUAUAGUGAAAGUUUGGCAGACUCUAGUAGAGCAACCUAUAAUGACCCACUCCUGCUUUGGAACCACAAAACGAACGAACUCAUUAGCUUCACCACACAAUUCUCCUUCAUCAUCAACUCCAAUGCGACGAAUCAUGCCGAUGGCUUUGCCUUCUUCCUUGCACCAUACCCUGCCAAGCUUCCCUUAUAUUCUCAAGGUGGCUACCUUGGCCUCUAUUCCAACACCACAAUCGAAGUCAAUUCAACCAGUAGUGCAGUGGCAGUGGAGUUUGACACCUUCAGCAACUAUGAAUGGGAUCCAGAAGGCGAACAUCUCGGCAUUGACAUAAACUCGAUCAAUUCUUCAAAGAGUGUUAAUUGGAGCAGCAGUAUCAAGGAACACAGAGUUGGUAAUGCACGGGUGGAUUAUGACUCCAUCACCCACAGCUUGAGCCUCUUCCUCACCUAUCCAGAGACGAAUCAAUCGCCAAGCGCCAAUUACAGCAUAAGCUACACUGUUAAUCUGAGAGAGGUCCUCCCGGAGCAUGUAGCAGUUGGGUUCUCCGCUGCCACUGGUAACUACACUGAGAUGCAUAGCAUUAUAUCAUGGUCCUUCAACUCGACUCUGCAACCAGAGAAGAACAAACACAUGGUUGUAAUCAUCAUAGGUUCUGCCAUUGGAGUGGUCUUGGUGGUUGUAUUAUGCUCGAUUACCCUCUUGAUUUGCAUCAAGAACAGGAGGAAGGAGAAUGACUUAGAGGAGGAGCACAUGGAGUGGGAUGAGGAUAUCGAUCAUGAGUUUGAGAGCCAACGAGGACCGAAGAGGUUCUCUUUCAGGGAAUUGUCACUCGCAACAGAGAGCUUCUCAGAAGAGAAGAAGCUCGGAGAGGGCGGCUUCGGGUCGGUCUAUAAAGGAUGGCUGAGUGUCUUAAAUCUCGACGUGGCCAUCAAGAGGAUUUCCAAGGGUUCGAAACAGGGGAGGAAGGAGUACAUCUCAGAGGUCAAGAUCAUCAGUCGGCUGAGACACCGGAACUUGGUGCAGCUCAUCGGGUGGUGCCACAUCAAAACCGAGUUCUUGCUGGUGUACGAGUUCAUGCCCAAUGGGAGCCUCGACUAUUACCUCUACAGCACAGCGAAGUUCUUACAGUGGCCGGCGCGGCACAGGAUUGCGAUGGGUCUGGCGUCGGCUCUCUUCUACCUAAAUGAGGAAUGGGAGCAGUGCGUGGUGCACCGCGACAUCAAACCGAGCAACGUGAUGCUCGACUCGGCGUUCAACGCCAAGCUCGGCGAUUUCGGGCUCGCGAGGCUAGUUGACCACGACGGCGACCUGCAAACCACCGAUCUGGCCGGUACGAGGGGGUACAUGGCGCCGGAGUGCUUCUACACCGGCAAGGUGAGUAAGCAAUCCGACAUAUACAGCUUCGGCAUUGUGGCGCUGGAGAUCGCGUGCGGAAGGCGGACGAUCGAGCCGAUGGAGCCGCAGAGCAAGAUGAGAUUGGUGGAUUGGGUUUGGGGUCUCUACGGGAAGGGGAAGAUCUUGGAGGCGGUGGAUGCGAGAAUGGAUGGGGACUUCGAGACGAGGCAGAUCGAGAGCUUGAUGGUGGUGGGACUGUGGUGCGCCCACCCGGACUCGUCGCUUCGGCCAUCCAUCAAGCAGGUGAUCGGCGCGCUGAGCUUCGAGGCGCCAUUGCCGGUGCUUCCGCCCAAGAAUCCGGUGCCGAGGUACUUCGCGCCGGAGGUUGAGGCAUACGCCACAGGGAAGAUUUCUUCGGUGGCGAAUUCGCCGCCGUCCGGCGAUUUCAAUCACUCGUUCGAGUUCAGUUGUCGCUAGACUCGCUUUCGAGAAGACGCACUCCUAGGAAGGAAGGGGUUGUUAUUACAUAAAGUUUAGGGGUGUACUGUAAAAAAAAGUUUUACUUAAUUUCUCUUUUUUAAUAAUU